GCGACUAACCGCGUCAAAGGAACCCCUGUAUCGUCACUCGCCUUCCGGUCUUCUCCAGAGGUGUCACGCAUCUUUCAUCGACGCUUGCCCAUCGUAAUUCCUUCGUCGCAAUUUAUUCAACCGCGGUUCGAGAAUUACCUGGAUAUCGAGAUGGUGCCCCCUAAUUAGCAAGCGUUUGGUCCGAAUCAUCGAUGGCAGCGUCGACCGCCUGAAUCAGCCAACGUUUAUCUUGCCCGACGAAUCGUUAUUUAUUUAAGUUGGAUGUUCUUCUACAGACCGCAGAGCGCAACGACGAGGCAACAGAUUGAGAUGAUCAAUAAGGCCCAACGGGCCGUACACACAACCACGGAUUCCAUCGAGAAACUGCGUCUGCUCUGCCUAGCCAGAGGUGCCAAUGGUAUCCUCGGCCUGGGUAGAGCGUUUCGUCUGAUGGACGAUGACGGCAACAAGCAGCUGAACCUUGAAGAGUUCACGAGAGGCUUGCAGGAAGCGGGCUUGGACGUCCCGGAAGAGGAAAUCCAGGAAAUGUUUAACAAAUUCGACACGGACAACGAUGGAAACGUUAGCGUCGACGAGUUCCUCGUCGCUAUACGGCCUCCGAUGUCUCAGAGCCGUAAGAACGUCGUGGAACAAGCAUUCCAAAAAUUGGACAAAUCUGGCGACGGGAUCAUCACGUGCGAUGAUCUGAAAGGCGUGUACAACGUGAAGUGUCAUCCUCGUUACAUCAGCGGCGAAGAAAGUGAGGAGAGCAUAUUGAACAAGUUCUUGGCUAAUUUCGAACAGAACAACACAAGAGACGGCAUUGUUACCAAGGAGGAAUUCAUGAACUAUUACAGCGCGAUUAGCGCAAGUAUCGACCACGAUGCGUACUUCGACUUAAUGAUGCGCAACGCUUAUAAGCUCUGAACACUCAGCGGUAUCGCCUCACGAUAAGAGACAUACGUUCCUCGUAGCAUCUGGCUACAACAUACUCGCUCGAUCGGUGCUACCACUGAAUUAUCAACUUUGCAAAGUACGCCAGGCUUCCAUGGCCAAUGUCAACGUUCGAAGAACAUACCGCGUGGCUCUGUCGUCUCCAACUGUGUCCAACUUCGCAAACUGACAGCGUGUAAAACCGUGCAGCUGAGUUCAAGUUCAGGGGUUUCGCUAAUGAAAUAUUGACUUGGAAAGAGUGGCCACGAAUCAUUCCCCAACACCGACGCCACGAGGCUCUUCUGUAAUAAUUAAUGAAUGA